GCCAACGCCAAGGCAGCGCAGUACAUGGCGGACAGUCCGAUGAAAUUGUUCUAGGUUAAGUGAAAAAAGUUCGGCCUGAAAUCGUAUACGUUUUGUAUGUGUGUUGUGUGUUUAUAAUCGUGUAACCAAUUAUGUCCGAGGCAACGAAGGUGCAGGAGUACAAGGAGGGCUUGAAGAAGCAAGCGGAGGAGCUCGUGCUCAAGGGUUUCCCGGAGACGAUCGUUAAACUGAAUGCGAUAUUGGAAACACAACAGUUUAAGAACCGACGUUUCGCGGACAUACACCAAGACAUAAACAUCCCAGUACCAGACCCCAUACUACUGAACAGCCACUCAGAUUCGCCGCCUAGCAAAAAGACAAAAUAUGACAACAGUAUUUCACAAACAGGCAACAAAGUCCAGAUACUGCCCACAGGAUCUGUGCCCACUAACAAAAACCUGGUUGAACUUGUUGAGAGUGUCAAGCCACACAUCAGAAGACUUGUUGAGGACUCAAACUUGAUGAAAAUGUGGAUAUCAUUUAUGAUCCCCAAAAUAGAAGAUGGCAACAACUUUGGCGUCUCAAUCCAGGAAGACACGCUGGCGGAAGUUCAGUCUGUCGAAUCGGAAGCGGCCGCUUUCUUUGACCAAAUUUCCAGAUACUUCAUCUCCAGAGGAAAAUUGAUUUCAAAAGUGGCGAAGUAUCCGCACAUAGACGACUACCGCAGGGCGGUGCAGGAACUGGAUGAAAAGGAAUACUUGAGUUUAUGGCUUGUGUUAUCCGAAAUCAGAAACAGAUACUGCGCUCUACACGAUAUUGUUAUAAAGAAUUUGGACAAAAUCAAGAAGCCCAGAUCGUCUAACGCCGCUGAAUCUUUGUAUUGAUUAGUCAUUUUCUAAUUGAUCAAUUUGACACUUACAAAUAAAACUAAAAUAAUUUUAAAGAUUUUUUAAUUCACAACUGUAUGAUUUUUUAAUUCAGAGCUGUAUGAUUUUGUUGGUUAAAAUAAGAAAGUAUUUUCGUAAUAAAUAGUUGCCAAUUAUUUAUA